AUGAAGAUCCGUAAGCUCUACGGUUUAUUAAAAAAAAUUUAUUAUGAAAAACGAAAAGAUUUCUUCCUUUAUUUUUUCUUUUUGUUAAUUCCGUUUUUGUUAAUAUCAUUCCAUUUAUUUCUAAGAAAUAUCAGUGACAAAUAUUCCUUAGAAAUAUAUAAUACAUCCUCUCCAAAUGAUAAAAUAAAUUUGAAUGACACUAUAAGACAAUAUGUCUUAUUUUUAAGUAAUGAAUUGUGUUCAAAAGAAGUAAAUGAUGAGAUUUAUGUUAACCAUAUUUGUUUAACACCAGGCAAUGAGCUUACGACAGACUUUUUGUCGUAUGCAGAGAAUAACGAUUUAAAUAUUUUUAAAUUAUAUAAUUCAGAAGAAGAUUGCCUUAAGAAUUUGAAAUACGCAAUUGAAUUAAAAUCAAAAGAUGUUAAAAAGUUUAAUUCACCUGAACUAGGUGAUGAUGUAUUAAACAUACAUGAAAAUGAUAAGAACAGUUUAUUAUAUAAUUUACAUAAAAAUAUUAUAAACUUAAAAUCAUCGGAAUUGAAUAUAAACGAUUUAUAUAAAGAUGUAUAUACAGAAAAUGAAUUUGAAAAUAUAAAAAAUUUGAAAAUAAAUCCACAUAUAUUAAAAGUCGUUAAAAAAACACAGUUUUAUAAAACCUUUAUUAAAGAUAUAAAAAAUUUUAAAAAUGAAAAUGACUAUACAGAAUAUUUUAAUGAUGACAGAAAAAAAUUAUUUUUUUAUAAUUUUGUAAAAAAUAAUUUAGUAGAAACAAAAUAUUCUUGUGGUUUAUUAGGUGUAGAAAAUAUAAAUUAUUAUAAGAAAGAAAAUAAUUUUAAGUUUUCUUAUCUGUUUGGUUUAUCACCACAAGUUGAAGGUUUUAAAAGAAAAGGGUUAUAUAAAAAUGCAACCUUGUUUAAUAAAUAUGAGAAAAAAGAACAAGGAAACCCAUUUGACUUACAUUAUCCUUAUGCUACAAUAGCAAACGACAAAAAAAAUGAUGAAAAUAAUGAAAUGAAUGAAAUGAAUCAAAAGAAUGAAGACAUAAUAUCACCUGUAAAUAAUAAUGUAGUAAUGAAGAGUAAUAUGCAACCACACAAUAAUAAUAAUUCCAUCAACAGAUACAAUAACAAUAAUAAUAUUAAUAAUAAUAUUAAUAAUAAUAAUAAUUAUUAUUAUUAUAAUUCUGAUGGAUUAAUUACUAAUGUUAAGUAUAAAAUACGUGUAGGUGAUUAUGCCUUAUUAAAUUCUAAUGAGAAAUAUUUUUUCAAUGAUAUAAAUAUAAAUUUGAAACAGAAUUUUAUAAAUUUCAACACAGUUGAUGAUUUGUCAUUUAAUAUUUAUUUCAAUGAAUGGUAUUAUUUUAGUUUCUUUAUUGUAUUAGAAUAUCAAUUUAAUUCAUUCAUAUUAAAUUAUAAUGCUGACAUAUUAAAAAAGAAUAAUAUGUUAACAUCUAGAUAUGGAGAGAUAAAUGAAUCAAAUAAAGAAAGAGAAAAUAACAAGGAAUAUGAAAAAAAUGAAAAAGAGUAUAAAAUUAAUAAUGGAUAUACUAAUUAUAAUGUAGGAUAUGAAGAGAAGGGUGCAAACAAUAAUAUUGAACUUAAAUUAAAUGACUUUUAUAUAUACAAGAUGCCAAUGAAAAGUAUGAAAAUUAAUGCAUUUGAUACUUUUGAAAAAAACAUAUUUCGGGUUGUUGUAUUUUUAUGUGUAUGUUUAUUUAUUGUAAACAUAUGUUUUGAUAUAAAUAAAGAGAGGAAAAUAAAUAUAGAGAAUUUCUUAUGUUGUCUUAAAAUAAAUAAAUAUUAUUAUUAUUAUUCGUGGCUUUUAUUUUAUUUUAUUAUAUUAUUUUUUUAUAAUAUAAUAUUUACAUUAGUUGUAUAUUUUUAUGUAUAUAAAUGUUUAAUGAAUUAUUUUAUUCUUUUCUUUCUUAUAUAUUUCUUUUUAAUGAAUAGUUUAUUAUUUACAAUUAUAUGUAUGCAAUUCUCUAAUAAUAGUUCCAUUAAUUAUAUAGCUACCUUUUUAUUAUUCUUCUUAUUUUCCUCCUUCCGUUUAAUUAUUCAUUCAGGUGCUAGUAAUAUACUUACAUUCUUUGUACUCUUGAUACCGCAUUCAUCAUUUUGUUUGGCUCUUGAUUUUAUAUUUAUAUUAAUAAAGAAUAAUAUAAAAAUAGAUUACAAACAGUUGUUUAUAAAAUUUGAAAAUAUCAGCUUGAUGCACCUAUUUAUAUGUUCCAUACUAUCCUUUGUGUUAUUAAUAUAUAUAUUGAAUUAUAUAAUAUAUUACAAGAAGAAGAAGAUGAAUAUGUUAAGUACUAAAUACAAACCUAAGAGUAAAAGUUUUAGUAAUGACAAAAGGAAAAAGUCACAACAAAAAAUAUAUGAAUAUGGAAAUAUGAAUUAUAAUAUGGAAGAAAAGUAUCAGACAGAUCAAUUAAAAAACCACAAUAAUAAUUUCAUGCUUGAAGGAACUGACGAAGAUGAUACAUGUUAUGAAUUAGAUACAUUACAUAAAAAACAAAUUAAUAGUCAAAUGUGUUUAAGGAUUGAAAAGUUAGGAAAUGAUAGAAGAGAAUCGAAUAAUGGUCAUCCAUAUGAUAUCUCCAUGGCAUCUCUUCGACACAGCAAUAAUGAUAAUAAUAAUAUGAAUAAUACUAUAAAUGUAAAUAUAAAUAAUAAUAAUAAUAAUAAUCAACAUCGUAGUAAUCAAUGCUAUUUAAUUAUUCAAAAUGUAAAUAAAUUUUAUGGUAAGAAACAUGCAUUAAAAGAUGUCUCCUUAACCCUUAGAAGUAAUCGUAUUUUUGUUUUACUAGGAGAAAAUGGAUCUGGUAAAUCUACAUUAAUUAAUAUCAUAACUAAGAUGAUUAGUAAAGAUAGUGGUGAAAUAAAUUUUUAUAAAAAUAGUUAUAAAAAUAAAAAAAAAGAUAUUUAUAUGGAUGUUAAUAAAAAUAGAAGAUAUGGAUUAUGUAAUCGUAUAUGUUCUUCAAAUGGUUAUAUUAAAGAAUUUGUAAUGAAUCGAAUAUUUAAAAGAAAUGAUAAUGAUAACAACAAUUAUGAUAUUAAUAAUAAUAAUAAUAAUAUUAUUAAUCAUCAUAGUAGUAAUACUAACAGUAGUAUUAGUAACAAUAAUGUUAUUAUUAAUAAUAAUAAUAAUAAUAUGAAUAGUUUACAUAAUAAAAUUAUAAAAAAUGAUUUAGAAAUUAGCUAUUGCAGUCAGAAUGUUAUAUUAUAUGAAAAUCUUACAUUCUAUGAAACUAUAAAAAUAUUUUUAUUAUAUUAUAAUAAGAAUGUAGAUAAAUAUUUAAAUAAGAAAAGGACAUUAAAAAUUAUGAAUGAUUUAGAUUUAGUGCAAUAUUUAAAUGAUCAAAUAAAAAAUCUUAUGGAUGAAGUAAAAAAGAAAAUAUCCAUUUUUAUCUGUUUUCUUGUUAAAAGAGAUAUAUAUAUAUUAGAUGAACCAUUUAUAGCUUUAGAUAUAAAAACAAAGACAAAGUUAUUUAAAUUUUUCGAUAAAAUAAAAAAGAAUAAUAUUAUCUUUAUAUGUACUCAUGAUAUAUACGAAGCAAACAAUUUUGCUAAUGAUAUAGCAGUUAUAAAGAGUGGGCAAAUUAUUUUUAAAGGUUCGAAAAAUUCAUUUCAGAAAUUAAUUGAAUAUAAAUUUACGUUGAAUAUACAAUUUAAUGGUUUACCAAAUGAGGAACAGACAAAUUAUUUGAGUCAAGAAAAAAUUAUGUCUGCUCUGAAUAAAAAGGGUGGUAUAAAUUCUCCAAGAAAAGUAACAAAUAAUUAUAUGGACAGUUAUAGUAUUGGAAAGAUAUCAUCGCAUGGAAGUAGUAUUAAUGACAAUAGUAAGAAUAUAUACAACAAUAAUGAUAAUAAUAGUAAUAAUAUUAAUAAUAGUAAUAAUAGUAAUAAUAUUAAUAAUAGUAAUAGUAACAGUAGUAACAAUAAUGUUGAUAAUCUGUUUGAUAUUCUUGUUGGAAACUUAAGUGAAGAUACCAAUAAUAAGGAUAUCAUUAAAAAGAAUAUUAUAAAAUUUAUUAAAGGCACAAGAAAUGAAAAUAAGAAUUGUUUCAUAUUUUUUAAUGAAAAUCAUAUUUAUUGUACUUACAAAAUAAAUGAAUUAGAGUCAUUAAAAAAGUUAUUAUGUGUCUUAAAUAAAUUUAAAAAUAUGUUAACAUAUCAAUUAAAAACAAUAGAUAUAUAUUAUACUUAUAUAUAUAUUUAUACAUUAAAUGAAAAAAAAAAAUUAUUAAAAAAUAUUCAAGAUAAAGAUAUUAAAUAUUUAAUUGAAAUUGAUCCAUUAUUUUUCUUAUUCUUUCAAAAUUUUAAAUAUUUUAAUGAACUUAAUAAUUUAUUAUUAAUGAAGAAUAAGAAUAUACAACCUGUGUCUUAUAAUUUUGCAUAUUUAAGGGACAUACUGGUAAGAGGCAAUGAAAAUAAUAAUAAUAAUAUUGAUAGUAAUAAUAAUAUUGAUAGUAAUAAUUAUCUAGAUAGUAAUAAUUAUCUAGAUAGUAAUAAUUAUGAUAUUAACAUUUAUAAUAGUGACAAUAAAUUUGGUAAAUAUAAAAAAAAUGAUAAUGACCCUUUCUACAAUAUGAGGGAUGAUACCGAAUUAACAGAUAUAGAAGAAAAUAUAUCAAGUAAAAAAAAAAAAAAUAAAAAUAAUUAUAUAGAAAACGAAUUCAGUUAUAAUAAACAUCAUAAUAAUGAUAAUGAUAUGAUAAAGAUGAAUAAUUCAAAUAUUAUGAAAAAGAAAAAUAUAAAAAAAGAAAAUAUUUUUAAAACAUGUAUAAACUUUUUCACAACAUAUAUUAAACCAACUUUAUUAUUAAAAUUGAAAAAAGAUUUAGGUAGCUCAAGUUUUUAUUGGUACAAAUUUAUAGUACCUUUAUUUCUUUUAUCUUUUGGUCUUCUAAUAAUAAAAUGUGUGUCAUUAUUUGGAAAAGUGCAAAAUAUUGAUUUGGAUUACUCGACAAUAAGUUCUAAUCAUUUAAAACAAAGUACGAUUAAUUAUUUUAUAUUAUAUAAGAAUGAAAUGAAUAAUAAUGAACAAUUGAAUAAUUCGUAUGAUAAGAUUUUACAAACGUUUCAAAAUAAAGGAAAUGAUAAUGAAGAGACAUCACAUAAUAAUAUAAAGGAUAUCCUAAAAUUAGAAAACAAUGAAUAUAAUUAUAAUAAAUUAAUAUAUGAAAACUCAUUUAAUUAUUAUAACAGUACAAUAAAUUCGCUUUUACAAAAAUAUUGUUUAAAAGAAAAAAUUAAUUAUAUAGAAGAACCUUUAAUCGAAGAUAAUUUAUAUGAUAGUAUAAAUAAUUAUUUAGAAAAGAAAGCAAGCCAUGAAAAUGAAAUAUCUUUAGGUACCUUUGCAUUUUUAAUAACAGAAAGGAAACCAGAAAAUAAUGAUAAUAAUGAUAAUAAAAAAGUUGUGGAAACGUUGGAGACAACGAAUCAUACUGAUGUUAAUAAUAAAGAGGUGGAAAUUAAUAUAAACUUGUUUUAUAAUUAUACUUCUAUCCAUUCGUAUGCAUAUUAUACUAAUUCAGUGUUUAAUAUGCUCUCAGAUUUUCAAAAUAUAUUAAACAAGAAAAGUGCUAAUAAAAAUAUUAUUUUGGAUGGUAGUACAUAUAAUAAUAUUAAAGGUGUUGAUGAUAUAAAGGGACAUCAUGAUGUGAAUACAUUAUCAGAUUAUUACAAAGAAAAUAAAUACAAUUUUUUGACAAAAGAUAUAGAUAAUAAAAAUAUUAAAGAAGGAUGCAAUUCAAAUUUUAAAUUAACAAAGAAUGAAUCUUAUAAUAAUAAUGAGGAAUAUAUAAAUGAAAAUAUAAAUUAUGAUAAUAGUAAUAAAUUAUUUAUACCAAAUGAUAAUGAAGAAGAAAAUAAUUUUUUCCAUGUUAAGAAAUUAAAGAAAAGAAUUGACACCUUAAAUGAACCAUUCAAUAUAAAAUUUCAUGAACAUUUCAUGAGAGAUUUUUAUAUUAAUAUAUAUGUAUUUUUAUCUAUAGUAAUAUUUUUUUGUGUAUUUUUUGAAAGAUUUAAAAAUGAAAUUGAGAAUAGAAAAAUAUUCGAAAAUUUCCAUGUCCAUCAAUAUAUACAUUAUUUUCAAAUAUUAUUAGUAGAAUAUUUAUAUUAUUUUAUAUAUAUAUUAUGUUUAUUUUUAGUAUUAUACAUAUUUGAUUAUAAAGAAUUUUUAUUUAUGUCAUUUUUUUGUUUCUUAUUAUUAUAUGGUUUUAAUAUAUUUUUAUCUAUAUGUUUAUUUUCCUUUUUAUAUUUACAUAGUUAUAUAUUAUUUCUGUUUUUUAAUUUCAUUUUCUGUGGUAUAAUUAGUAUAGUUAUAUAUGUGUUAGUUAUUUUAUCAUAUGCAUAUAAUAAUGAGAUAUUAAUAAAUUUAUCUCAUGUGUUAGUAUGUAUAUUUAGAAUAUUUGAUUCCUUUGCUUUAUCUCAUGUAUUGAAUAUAAGAAGUUUAUGUUUAAAUGUCAAACGACAUAUGAAGCACAUUGAUGAAGAUAUAAUGUAUGAAGAUAUGAGUAAUUCAAAUAGUUUUCUUACAUUUGGCUUUUUCAAAAACGUAUAUAAUAAAUUAUCAGGAGACAAUAAUUUAAAUAUCUCAGAUGGUAUACAAGAUGUUUGUGAAGAUUCAAAUUCUUUUUUUAAUACAAGUGGAGAUUUCUUCUUUCUAUUAAUCAAUUGUAUUAUUUAUUUGUCUAUUGUAGUUUAUAAAUUGUUAGAAGUUAUAAGAUCGAAGGAACGUGCAGAGAACGAAAAAAAGAAUUAUGAAGAAAAUAUUUCAAAAAAUUCAUAUAAUCUAAGUGUACCAGAAAAAAAAUAUUAUAAGCCAAAAAACAGAUAUACAUUUUUUUUAAAAAAUUUUUAUUUAUCUAAUAAGGAAUAUAAACAACCAAAAGAAAAUUAUGAAAAGAAUGUGAAUCAAUUUUUUUAUUUCAUUCAAAAAUUAUUUAGUUUAAGAAGAGGAAAUAAUAUAGAUGAGAAUAAUACAACAGUGGGUAUGUAUAAAUAUGGAGAAAAAAUAGAUAGUAAUAAUUAUAUAUCUGAAGAUGAAAUUAAUAUAAAUAAUCAAUUAAAUUCUGAAGGAUAUUUAAAAAAUGAUAUAUAUAUAAAUGAAUUGAAUGAUAAUUAUAAUAAUGAUUAUGAUGAUAAUACAGUUGAUAUAGAAAUGCAGAUAACUGAUAGAACAAAUGUCAAAGAAAAAAUAUUAUAUAAACCAUCCGAAAUUGAUAAAUAUUAUAAAGGACAAUCAGAUGAUGAUAAUGAUGAAGAAAAAAAUUUUAAUAAAAUUAGCCAAAAAUAUAUAUUAAAAAAUUUAAAUAUUAAAAUGCGUCCAUACAAAAUAUAUACAUUUUCAUCUAUAUUUAAUAACGAUUUAAAUAUCUUAUAUUUUUUUAAAUAUUUUUUUUGUAAUAAUAAAGAUAAUUUAAAAGGAAGUUUACAAACAAUAGGAUAUGGAUAUAAUAACUAUGAAUUUAAUAAUAAAAAUGAACAAAAUAAAGAAUACAACCUCCAAAACAAUAAUAAUAAAUAUAAUAAUAAAAAAAAUCAGAAUGAACAUAUAUCAGAAAAAAUACAAAAAAUGAAUGAGAGAGAUUAUAAAAUUGAAUUAAUUCCGACGAUGUCUAUAUAUGAACAUUUUAAAGUAAUUUUAACUUUUAAAAAUAUUGAAUUAACAAAUAUUGAAUUAAAAUAUAUUAUCAAUUUAUUAAUGUUGAUUGUCAAUUUAAAAUGUGAUAUACAUAUUAAUUGUAAUCAAUUAAGUGGAGGUAUGAAAAAGAAAGUAGAAUUAAUGAUUAAUUUGUUGAGAGAUGAUAAAAUAAUCUUUUUAUACAAAUUAAAUGAUAAUAUAGAUUUCUGUUCACAAAUAUAUAUCAAUAUUAUUUUAAAAAAUAUUUUAUUAUAUAAUUAUGAAGAAGAUGAAGAUGAACAAAAUAAAAAUAAAAUUAAAGAUGAACAAGUUUAUGAAUAUUAUAAAUAUUAUGAAGAUCAUGAUUAUCAACACGAUAUACAGUUAUAUAAAGGACAGGAUAUUUACACAAAUGAUGAAAACCAAUUUGAUGAUUAUAUAGAUAAAUAUUCAUUAUAUGAUUUAAGUGGAAAAGAAGAUCAUAAAAAGUUAAGAACAAAUAAGCUAAAAAAAACAUAUGGUAAAAAUAAUUAUAAAUUUGAGGAAUCAAGCGAAAUCAUUAAUACAUCUAAUGAUAUAUUAAAUAGUGAAGAUGACAUAUUGAGUUUGAGAAGAUAUACAAAAGAAUCCAAAAGGAAUAAAAAAAAUAAAAUGAAUAAAAAGAAGAAAAAGACAAAUGAAUUAGUUUUAGAAACAUAUGAUAUUGAGAAAACAAAUAUGAAUCAACUAGGAAGUAACCUAAGUAAUAGUAAUUAUUUAGAAUGCAAUAUUUCAUCUAAUUUAAAUAGUGUGAAUGAAAAUAUUAUUCAUUCAUUUAUAAAAGAAAAUAUUUUAAAAAUAAAAUUUGGAAUUGAAAAUUUUGUUAUAUAUACACAUAUAUAUACAGAUAUAUUAUAUUAUGAUUAUUUAUAUUUAUUUAAUAAAAAUAAAAUCACAUAUAAGAAUUAUACCAAAAAUAUCAAAAACAAUUUUAAAAAGUUCUAUUCAUUUCAAAUAAAAUUAAAAGGUAUACAUGACAGUAAAAUUAUUGAUUAUGUUCAUAUGUUUUUUUCAAUUAAUAAACAUGCUUUUGCACGCUUUGAAAAAGUUAUAAAAAAAAUGGAUGAUAAAAAUUCAAAGAAACCAAAAAAAAAAAAACAAUUCAUCUCACCAGAAGACAUGCCAUCCAAUUCUAUUAUUUUAUUCCUUGAAAAUAAUGUUAAAAGAAAUGUUUUAAGUGUACAUAAUUUAUAUUAUAUAUUUAAAACUAUGAAGAAAAAGAAAUAUAAUAAUAAAAAGAAAAAAGGAAAUCUAAUUAGUUUAUGUAAAUUUCAUAAAAUAUUACUUAACUUAAUGAUAGAUAAAUAUUCAUAUUUACAUUCUUAUUUAAGCAGAAAUAAAUAUAUAUCAAUUUUCCAUCUAUUCAAAUUUGCUAUAUGUGAAGUGGCAUAUCAAAAUAUACAAAAGUUUAUAAUUAAAUAUAAAGGAAUAAAAAAAGUGUAUUCAGAGAUAACUUCUAUAAAUAAUUAUGUUUUUAUAUUGAAAAUAUAUGACAAUAAGCAUAUUUUUAAAAUAUUGGAAAUGGACAAGAGACUCAAGUUUAACGACAAGGAUAUCGAGGUUGAACAGAUAGACAUCAAUAAUGUAAACGCAAAUGAUAUAUUUUUGUUAAUGUUUAAGAAAUUGCUUUAA